AUGGCGACCACAAAGCAGUUAGAAAAAGACCUCGAGGGAAUGCUCUAUGAGCUCGCCUGUUUAAUUAGUGGGAAAGAUGUUGAGCUCUUCUCUACAGAAUGCAAGACUUCCUUCCGGCGUUUUACAAUUGACGAAAAAGAGCUUUUCAGACGACUUCUAGGAAAACUUUUGCAAACUGAAACCAAUGCACAAGGAGGAUCAGAAAGAUCUUCUUCUAGUGAAACUUCUCAAGCAUUUCCCGACCAGACAACCAGAAAUAAGGAUGCUGAGGAAGGCUCUAUCAGCACCGAUACCCACAGAGGAUCAGAAGGUUUUUCAUCUGGUGAAGCUUCUCAACCAUCUUCCAGCCCCAGCAUAUCCUCCAACGAAACAACGACAAAUGAUGAUCCCGAGGAACGAUCUAUCAGUACCGAUACCCACAGAGGACAAGAAAGUUUUUCUUCUGGUGAAACUUCUCAAGCAUUUCCCGACCAGACAACCAGAAAUAAGGAUGCUGAGGAAGGCUCUAUCAGCACCGAUACCCACAGAGGAUCAGAAGGUUUUUCAUCUGGUGAAGCUUCUCAACCAUCUUCCAGCCCCAGCAUAUCCUCCAACGAAACAACGACAAAUGAUGAUCUCGAGGAACGAUCAGUCAGCAUCAAUUCUAUCUCAGCGUCUAUCUCUCAGUUGGCCUCAACGGAUAGUGGCAACGGGGAAGGCGCCAAUUCAGCCGUUGAAACCAACACGCCUACUGACGGAGAACUUGAGUCCACGAAUUUUGUAAAACUUCAGUCAAUCAUUCCUCCCUAUCUCCGUCAGUUGCUGAUCGAUUGCAUCGACACUCCCGAGUAUUUCUUUACUCUAAGUGAGCCACACUUUACUCCAGUUGGGGGAGGUGUGCCGGAUGCAUUCUACAGAUUAUAUCAAAGGGAAAAUUGUCGUGACCUUGUCCAAAUUCAUCGACGUUUUGAACUACGCAACUUGUUUUUAUUGGUCAUUGCUCGUAAAUACCAUACAGGCAAUAGAUGGGAGUGGGGCGCUUUGGAUGACCUUUCCGCUGAGAUUAAGGCCCAAUACCCGCAGCUUCCUACCAAAACACCGGCAAUCAGAAAAUACCUAGAGCAUUACGUUGGACUUGGAUAUGCAUAUGAUAAAUGGAUCCAAAUCCUUGGUGAUCCUGGCUACCUUAUUGCUUUGCCUUUGCAGGUUACGGAGACCGAGUAA